AUGUUUGAAAGGUUUCUUAAUAAAAAUAUUCGUACAGUGACUAAAACAGUUUCCAUUGACUCUUUCUUUAAUUUUUUUGCCCCUCCUGAAGUUCCCGAGAGUGGAGAUCUGGAUGAUGAUGCUGAAGCUAUCCUUGCUGCAGACUUCGAAAUUGGUCACUUUUUAUGUGAGCGUAUAAUCCUAGGAUCAGUGUUAUACUUUACUGGAGAAGCUAUCGAAGAUGAUGAUGAUGAUUAUGAUGAAGAAGGUGAAGAAGCGGAUGAGGAAGGGGAAGAAGAAGGAGAUGAGGAAAAUGAUUCAGACUAUGACCCAAAGAAGGAUCAAAACCCAGCAGAGUGCAAGCAGCAGUGAAGCAGGAUGUAUGUGGCCUUGAGGAUAACCUGCACUGGUCUACUUUCUACUACCCUGGAAAGGAUGAUUUUACAUCAUUUGACAAGCCUAUUUUCAAGUUAUUUGUUGUUUGUUUGCUUGUUUUUACAGCCUAAAAUAAAAAUUUCAAAUACAAAAAAA